GCGGUGCGAAGGAAAAGUCGCGAGCCAACGACGAGCGCAGACAUCAAGCAAGAAAAGUAGUGCAGCACCAAGAAAAAGAUGGCAACCGCCGUAUUUGCUGAUGGAAUUUUUGGCUUCCUCUGAAGACCGAUAAUCUCCCGACUUCGAAAGCGAAAAAUCGUUCCAGAUAAACCGGAAACCUGUGGCCGUGUAUUGCGGGAAAGCUUCCGGUCGGCUAGCAGCCUCAGAACGUCAACAGGUGAAACCUCAUAAAAAUGUCAACUGGUAGAGAUAAUUUUCUUAUGCCCAACGUACCGUACGGACAUCCGCCGUCCAAUCCAUCGUACAAAUCGUCUAGCUCCCUGGAUCCAAACAACUACCACUUCAAAUCACUGCCGGUGGAAGGUGGCGCACCAUCCACAAAUCAGCAACAGCAGAUAAUAAUCCACGAAUUCCUCAACGGUCAGCACUCCGGAACGUUUCCGAAUCAACCGCAACCGAUAGUAGCUGCCCCUGGCAUCGGAAGUCCCUCGAGUACGAUCAACAACAGCUCGAUAACAAUUUUGACCUCGCACCAGACAAGUAACUCGUCCCCGCCGGGUCCGGUUGGUAACGGGAAUAUCCACAAGCAGUCAACCAUGGUGCUGGACCGCAUUAACAUCUGUAUCAAUAACCAUUACAAUGAGAGCCAUAACAAUGGUACGGCAAAUGAAGAAGAGAUCGAUCCUACAAGAAUUAUUACCAACGAGAAACGGGCUAGCACGGAUUUGGAACCCGACUCGACGACUUCCUCCCUCGGGCAACUACCGGUGACGCCGGAGAAAAACGGACCCUCCAAAUUCAAACCGCAAGAGGAUGUCCUGGUGGAGCACAAGGAUGGCAAGUUUUAUCUGGGCACCAUCAUAGCGAUCGGCAACAGCCAGUGUUUGGUGCGGUUCAACGAUAAUACCGAGUGUUGGUCCGACUUUCGGGAGCUGACCAAGCUGAGCAGCGGCAACGAAGCGGACGAUUCGCCGGCGUGUGUCGUCUGCAAACGACAGGCCGAGGGAAACCGACCAGACGAUACCGUGGAGCUGUGCGAAAACUGUGGCCGCGGCUAUCACAUCAAAUGUAUGGACGGGAACUUCGAGCGAAGCGGCUACUGGUUUUGUCGGAUGUGUAUGUCUCCAAAUGGUAAACGAAGGGAUAUUCGUUACGUUUGUUCCGGAGUUAUUUCAGAAUCCUUAGAUCCCCUUACGGAUAAAUCGCAACUACCGUACAAUAUUGAAGAGCUUAUCUGGGAUGUGCAGCAUUUGACCAACCGGGAACAGCAGUACUGCUAUUGCGGCGACGACGGCGACUGGCUGAGAGAAAUGAUACAAUGUUGUCGCUGCCAGCAGUGGUUCCACGGGCGCUGUAUUCGCAGCCUGCAGUAUCCGAUCUUCCUGGGGGAUCGGUUCUAUUUCUUCAUCUGUUCCAUCUGCAAUCAUGGUCACGAGUUUGUGAGGCGUCUGGAAGUCAGCUGGCCGGAUUUGAUCCAUUUGGCCUUGUACAAUCUGAUAAGUCGCAAUGGGCGUCGAUUCUACGACGUCUCCAAGGCAAUCGUUCCUUACGUGGAGGAUAACUGGAAAACGCUGCAAAUGUCGGAUCAGAUGACAAAGCUAUCGCCGAAUGCGCGCAAAGAAAUCAUUACCCAAACACUGUCCAAUGAUCCGGUGCGCUUCAAAUGUGGCGGCGAGGUUAAGAAAGCUACAACGAUGUGGACGCUGCGAGUAGCACUGCCACCGAACCCUCCAAACGUACUACUUCCUGCCGGGCAAGUGAUCACCGAACACAUGCUCACCCAGAUGUCCGUGGAAAAUCGAGUAUUUCGUUUCCUUCCUCGAGUAGCCCUAGAAAAAUCGUUCGUCAACGAUGCGUUGAGCAGGGAAAAAAUGACUGGAGUAAACUUUUGCUCUCCACUAGUGUCCGAAGAUGAAACUCCGGAGCAGCUGUUUGAGGAAAACAAUCAGGAGGAAAAUAGUUCCGAUUUUGAUGGCCCGGCCGGUGCUGGCGCUGGCGGGGACAUUUGCGACGGCGGAAUCCUUCCAGACCGGCUGAGUAACGGUGCAAUAUACAACAACAACAGUACAGGGAAAAGCGCUAGUUCUAAUUUAAGUGAUUCGCUGUUCAGUUCCAAUGCUAAGGAUGGUUUCCAUCUACUAUUCGGCAGUGGUACCGGUUCCUCGUCCAAACCACAAAGCGACGCCGGUAGUGUAGCCAGCGGUAACCGUAGGGCUUUUAAGGCCCGGCUCAAAAAAACGGACAGCGAGAAAUCGUUCGACAUUUACGAUUCCUCCGAUGACAGCACCAGAAACACGUUGGAUGUGAUUAUCCCACCGCCCAAAGAUUUCACCGGCAAAAACAACCCGUUCCAUCAACCAUCCGCGGUUCCCAGCUCGGUCGUCAACAACGGAGCCGGCACCGCGAGUCUGUCGAAACUCAACGAAACAAAAGACUUGACAAAGAAGGCUAAUAGCAGCAGCAGCACCACCACCGCCACCAGUAGUGUUAGUCAUUUAAGUAGUAAUUUGGUGAACGGCGAGAUACGCGUAGCGCGUAUCGUCAAACGAAGACUGAGCGCCCGGGACAUUUUGAAUGGGACAAAAAACAAGCGCCGCAAGUUCAGCAAGAGCACGGUUAUCGGUACUACAAUAACAACUAUUCCCACCCCAAGUACAACCAUUCCCGGGUCAAGCCUGAUAGCAUCGCUGUUCGCGCAACCGGUCGACGGUGGCAGCUGGACGGGUGGCCAGCUAUCGUUCAACCAGCUGCUCCCCUCAUCAGCAACGGGUACCUCGAAUUCCUCAUCGACCUCUUGCUCCUCCUCGGGAAACAGCACUCCCGCCAAUUGUUCAUAUCCCACCGCUGCUACUGCUAUCCCUCAACCGAACGUGGUAGCUCUUCCAACGUUUUCGGCGGCCACAAACUCCUCGUUGCAGCAACCGUCGGCAUCUCAGUUCGCAUCAACCUCGCAUUCAGCACCAAAACGGAAUCCGGCCCACGGACGAAGACUGCGGCAGCGGCAGGAACGAAACUACGCCGAAAACACCCGGAAACCUCCGACGACGACAGGAAACUCUCAAACACCGGUCAACAGCUUACCGGGAUCUCCGGUGAAAGGUGCCGGUGUGGUGGCGCCCACUGUUGGAGCCGUCGUUGCCGCUCCUAGCAGCUCGACAAACUUGCAAACCACUCUCAGUCACUACUUUGGUGCCGCUCAUCGGAUCAUGAGCGGGGAGAAGUUCACCAUCAAGGGUAAACGGGUUUCAAUGUCCGGCCAGGUGCAGUAUUUGAUCGAGUGGGAAGGUUGCGCGGCGGCACCGGUUAUGUAAGUUUGUUUAAACUAUCUUUAAGGGGAAGGGAGGAGUUGCUGCAGUCAUCGAACGUAUAGGUCUAUGGGCAUUAAAGAUUGUACAAAAUUGUUGGAUUGGAAAGGGAGGGGUUAUUGAGCGUUUGCUCCUGUACGGGAACUAAGGUUUCGACAUUCCAAAUUGGAAGUUUAGUUUUCUUCAAAAUGUAGUCGUAUAUUUGGUCUCAUGAAUUUCGAUGGAAAGUAGAAUAUUUCCUGAGUGUAAUGUUAUAAUCAUAUCAUCGAAGUGAAUUGAGAGUCCAAAAAUAAUUGUGAAUUAUACAAUCAUAUGUUCCAACAUGUGCUGAACAGUUUUAUUCGCUUAGUAUAGGAAUUUGAAUUUGCAUUAACAUUGAAAAUUAUUGUGUUAUUGCAACCCAAUUAGAAAAGCUUUCAUUAGCACAACUUUAGUUAACAAUUGCAUUGAUGUAUUACUAAUUCUCCUUUGCGUAUCAAAUAACUUAAUCACGGUCGAUCUUCAUUAAUUUGAAUUAUCAAGAGAUUGAGCUACUUGUGACACUCUAUGCAAUUUUUUUUUAGUAAAUUUUAAUGAUGAUUAUGGUUAAACUUUAUUUUAAAAAUUAAUUGAAAUUUUAUAUUUGUCUUAUUGUACAAAGUUGUAAUGCAAAUUAAUUACCUUUAAAUUAUUACGAACAACGGUUUUGAAUCGUUCUCAGAUUAAACCACAUGUUCAUAAGUUUUAUCAGGAGUUCUAAAAGAACAUUUUUAUAAUCUACUUCUGACAACGCGCAAGCAACAUCAAAUGGAAGGAAAGUUUCUGAAUCAGUUGCGUACUUCUGUAAUAAUGGAAUUAUGAGCCAAAUAAAUUAAAUGUCGAACAUUUCUGAACUGUUGAAAUUCAGAUGGUAAUUUCAUUCAAAUGGGUAUCCGUUUUUCUUCGAGCGUGAUUUUAUCUUGAGAUACUAACUUGACAAAUAUCGAACACUGCCCGUUAGAGUGUGAUACAUAAAUUUUAGACAAACAUAACUUUAACGAAUACCGUGCGCACCGUGCGAUGAAUGAUCGACUCCAAAAAAGGGCACACCCCAAAUGGACGGAUCCCUUUCAUCUCUCCAUUAUCCCGAGAAACAGUAGUUAAAUUUAAGUAAUAACCAUUGUAGAAAUUUAAAAUAUUAGCAACACAAAUUUAGUACGAAGCAAAAAGCAUCGAUUUAUUUUCUUUCCGGGACAAUAAACCCCAAAAGUUAAGGCUUUUUUCCAUUGUGGAACGAAGUUAGAUAUACUUUAUUUGAUUAUAUGGAUUUUACCUUCUUAUAUCUAUCGAAAGUCACAAUGCACACAAAUUGUUGUGUCGAUCGCAAGGCUGCCCUAAAACAAAUUAGAUUAGAUGUUGUUUAAAUUAUUGUAGUUUCCUUUUUCCUUUUAACAAACAAAAAAAACAUAAUCUAACUUCUGUUGGUGAAGUUUGGGGUUCAAAACUCAAAAAACGCUCCCACCUACCGCGGGGAAAAGGAAAUUCGAUUUUAUAUUUCAUUAUUCGAUUAUAGAUAGAUUCUGUUGAACUUUGUGGGGUAUGACAAAAACACUUGAAUGUAUGUUUUUUUUUUAUAUCUAGACAAACGGAUUACCAAUUAGGUAGUAGGAAGGUGUAUUUUUCGCUUUUAAUCGUUUGACCAACCUAGCCAAACAAGUUUCACCGCAAACGAAAACUACAUGGUCGUAUAGUCUUUUAUGAAAAGUAUAUAAGUAUAAUUAAUGUAUAACACAAUAAAUAAUCAAACUAUGAGAGAUGGGAGAUGAUUCCAUAUUUUUGGGAUCGAUAAACACAAACGAUAAAUUAAAUCUGAUAAUUCAAACAUAAUGUCGAAACUGUAUGUAAAUUAUUCAAGCAAAAAAUCCACUUCGGAUUCCAGUCGUGAACGGAAGUUUCGCACCAAUGAGAAAUAAAAGCAAAAAACAGAAAUCCUAA